AUGUCAAUUCAAAAAAAAAUGACAAAAAUUACAAGAUAAUAAAGUGAAUAAGGAAAAUUUUAAAAUUUGUAUUAUGAAGUUCAAUUGCCUUAUUUCAAUCCUUAAUCUAAUUCUGUAUUUGCAACAGGAUUAUUAAAUAAUCCUUCAUUAUUGAAUAUAUAUCAGUAAGCAAUGAGCAGUUAUUUGUAAGGAUAUUAUAGAUAAGCAAUAUUUUUUGCAGAAAAAUUGUUAUGUUUGAAUUAAGAUUAAAUUGUAUUACCAUAUUUAGUAUUUUUGCUUGGAAUUGUAAAUCAUUGAUUAUUUUACAUUAGUGUCAUUUUGCAAAUUAGGAAUAUUCAGGAGUGUACAAUCUAUUUUUAAAGCAUAAAUUGACAUAAGGAGAUUUUGCAGUGUUGGGAGCUAGAGCUUUAUAUUCAAAUAGACAAUAUGAAUUGGGAAUAGAAAUUCUUCAAGAAGAGUGUAGUUCAUAGAGUGAUUGGGUAAGAGGAUAAUGUUAUGAAGCCUUAGAGAAUAAAUAAUUAGCAGUUUCUAAUUAUUUUGAAUGCUUAUAGAAAACACCAACUAAUGUUAGAGUGUUUUAAUAAUUAGUUGAUUCAUAUUUGAUUUCUUCAGAUGAAAAGGAGAACUUAGUUUAAUAAAUAUAAUUAAAUGCUGAUGAAGCCUGGUUAAAGGAUUAUUAUAUAAGCAAAACGAUAAAUUAUGAAAUUGUAAAUUCAAAAUUAGCUGAUCAUUUACAAGAAGAGAAAAGGAAAAUUGCAUAAUAAUUAUAAAUAUUUGAUAAAGUUGAAACUUAAUAAUUGAAGCCAUCACCAAUGCGCAGUCCAUAUAUACGUAAAGAUGAGAUUCCAAUUCAAAAUGAUUUAAUAUAUGUAGCAUUGGAUAAGAAGAAUAAUAUUGAUAUACUUAAUGUUAAGGCAAAGAAAGCAUAUUAUAAUUAUGAUAUUGCAUCUGCUUAUGAUUGGUCAUUGAAAGCUAUAAAGUAAGAUCCUUUGUAUUUUGAUGUUAUUCCAACUUAUGUUUCAUGUUUAUUGGAAUUAGAAUAGAUAGCAGAACUAUAUUAUUGUGCUCAUAAUUUAAUAGAGAAUUAUGCUCAAAAUGCUUUAAGUUGGUUUGUUGUUGGAGUAUAUUAUUUUUCAACUAAAAAAUAUGAAGUAGCUAGAAAAUAAUUCUAAAAAUCAAUUUAAUUAGAUUAACAUUUAAUAUAUAGUUGGAUAGGAUUAGCACAUUCUUAUGCAAUAUAGGAUGAAUCUGAUUAAGCAAUGUCAAUAUAUAGAUCAAUAACAAGAUAAUUUCCAGGUUGUUAUUAAGCACAUGUUUAUAUUGGUAUGGAAUAUUUAAGAACAAAUAAUUUAUAAACUGCUAUUUUAUCAUUAUAAUAAGCCAAAGAUAUUAAUCCAACAGAUCCUAUGAUUUAGAAUGAAUUAGGAGUUAUAGCUUAUAAAUAAAAGAAAUAUAAUGAAGCAAAAGAUGUAAAUAUAUCUAAUAUAUUAUAUAAUAGUAUUUUUUUAAUGCUUUAGUUUUUUGUUAAAAUUCAAAUCAUAAAAUUAGAGAAUCUGCAUUAUAGAAUCUUGGACAUACUUUUAGGAAAUAAAAAGAUUAUAAGAAUGCAAUUCAAAUAUUUGAAAAAUGUAUACAAGUAAAAAUAUUUAUUUUAUAAAUAGUUGAAUUCAGUUUCUCCAUAAAUAUUUUUUGGUUUAGCAUUUUCCUAUCAUUUAAGUGAAUUACCUAAUAGUUUAAACAAAGCAAUUCAUUAUUAUCAUAAGUCACUCUCAUUAAAAUCUGAUUAAACUUUUGUUCAAGAUAUGUUAAGCAAAGCUCUUUAAGAGGCAGCUGAAAUGGGAUUAUCAGAAUAUAUAAAUUGA